AGGUAUACCGUUCCGCCGUGGAUAUCUGUUGCACGGUGUUCCUGGAAGGUUCGUAUGAUUCAUGUGCUCUAGUUACCACCGGUACUCAUGCUCCAUUGGUCAUAGCGGCAAGACUUCAUUGAUACAUUCAUUGGCGGGUGAAUUAGGUCUGGAUAUCUACGUUGUCAGCUUGUCAUCAAAGGGGAUGAGUGAUAAUACACUGACAACAUUGAUGGGUCAUGUACCAUCCAGAUAUAUUUUGCUUCUUGAAGAUCUGGAUGCCGCAUUCACGCGCUCUGUCAGUCAUGAUGCAUCGUCAACUGGUGCUCCCACAGCAUCUAACACCAAUAGCACAACCACUGAGACUAGCGAUGGAUCAACAUUGAGCUUGAGUGGACUUUUGAACAGCCUCGAUGGAGUCGCCGCUGCAGAAGGCCGACUGCUUUUUGCUACGACUAACCAUAUUGAGCGCCUUGAUCCAGCUCUUAGUCGCCCAGGACGCAUGAUGUCUAGGUGAAUUUCACACAUGCGACAAAAUGGCAAGCCGAGGGCAUUUUCAAGUGUUUCUUCCCCUCGAAGCCUGCUGGUGUCGCUACCACAUCUCCACCUGAAGAGGACGUUGACACUUCGCAGAAAAACCUUCCCCUGCCAAAGCGCAAGGCGCGCAGUCACACUAUUCCUGUGCUUGAUGAGACUGAAAUUUCUGAGCUUGCUAAGCGUUUCGCAGAUGCUAUCCCAGAGAACGAGCUAAGUGUA